CGAUCCGCUCGAUGCACAUACCAUACGUACAAUUCUAUAUUUAUGAUAGGAGAGAUAGACAGACAACACGCGUGGUUUUGUUGUGUGUGAAUUUCGGCAUAUUGAUUAUUUAUGACACCUAGCAACCGCACGAAAACAUCCAAGCGCAGCUUAAUUAUACUUAGUCGCUGCUCACUUGCUCACCGAGUUUGGUCAUUGCAUUUUCACGGUCAAGCGCAAACAGAGUAGGCGUCAAAUUCAACAACGUUCAACGUCUGCGUGAAGGGGUUGCAACGUCAGGUUGACUGCAAAUAAGGUGUCCUGGAAUUUCAGCAUUCGGCAGCGCAGUAGCUGCAAAGUUUGCGAGGAAAAUGGCAUUUUUCAAGAACGUACUCUGCUGCUCAGGGGACACAGAAGUUUUUGCGGACUUAGAUGUGUUUCAUCAGCACGGUGAACACUACUCUCGGUACCUGGAGUACUUGCAGGGCGGCGACGAGAAUGACAUCACAGGCGAUUUGUUGAAAGAGGCGAGCCAAGAGGUGUCGAUGCAUUUCGAGCAACUUUCUGGCAAGUAUUUGAUGAUUUUGGAAACGCACGACAAGAAGUUGCCAGAAGACGUCAAGGGCAAAAUCAGAACUGCAUGCGGAAUGUCCAAAUUGCUGGUUAAAGAAAAACUCACUCAAUUCGAUCAGUUUGUUGAGGACUACGAGAAUCAAAUUGCUAAUAAUGAAAGUGCAGGAAACAAAAAAGUAGUGCAUUUGGACGAUUUGAAGAGCUUUUUUGAGAUUAUUUCGGUCCAAGUAGCCGACCUUGACGAAAUGUUUGACAGCAUAAAGAGGUUGAGAGAGCAUGGCUGGAAGGAAGUACCGGAGUUGACAGUGAGCGACGAGGAAACUGGUCUAGAACGCAAAGGGAGCAAAAUGAAGCUAUUGAUCGAGCCGCCGGCGCCAACCAAGAACGCCCAAGCCGAUCUGGAACGCCGCGAACACCAGAGAGCCGAGCUCCGUAAAAUUAUGCGCUCGCAGGCUGCCGAAAUGGGCAAGAGCGACGACGACAUCACCGUCUCCAUAUACGAGGGCAAAAAAAUCGACUGAGGUGCAUGGGAAGUGGGACGAGUGCGCCAGGGCAAUAUUUCAUUGCUUGUCUGCCAAAGCGCAUUGAUUUAUCGCAGCCCCUUUUCAGCGCGUGUGUGAAAUGCGUGAAAUAUAAUUUGCGAACGACCUUGUUUUGCCUCAAGAUAGAGUGUCGGGGGUGGAGGGAAAUUAAUAGGUAUUUUGUAAUAAAUCAAAUGCGGCCUCAAAGUGUAUAGGUGGUUUCAAAUUUUAAAUCAGUUUUCGAAAGAGAAUAUUAUUGCAAGGCUAUUGGGGAGGCUUUGUUAAUUUUCCGGAAUUUUUUACUCUCUGUGUGUUUCACUCAUGUUUCAUUGUUAUGCUGACGAGUUUCAGCAAUAUGCUAUGGUGAUAUAAUCAGUUAAAUAAAAUUAAAUACACU